CCGGCAGGAAGGACCUGGACGGACAGUUGGUUGCAUUCGAUUCUAGGCAGUCGUGGAGUGGUGACUUAACAACGUCCAUCACCACUACGAGAUGGCUCCCAUUCUUCGAGACUAGCAGGUUCCAGAAAGUAGCGAACGACCUGAAGUGAGCCAAGAGGCGCGCUCUAUACCACCAUGCCUUCCGAAUUGGCUGAUCGGACCAAGGCCAAGACCGAUGCGACUGGGUAUCACAUGGCCAAGAACCCCAUUGAGACGAUUCGCAAUAGAUACAAGGGCGUUCACGAAGGCGGUGCCCAGCAAAACGAUUCACGAGACGGUAAUCACCAUGUCGGUAGCGCUCAAGACGCCCCGUCCCAGGACAUGACGCACGGCGGCUCAGCCCCUCAGCACUCCAGCGAUCCCGAUCGCUCAAGGGCAGAAGCCGUCACCUCUGAAUUCCUCGGUCGCUCGACCUCGGCCAGGACGGUGAGAGAUCCAGUGACGCAUGGCCUAUUGGAGAACGUUCGGGACGUUACAGAGGAAGAGUACGAAGGAGGGCUUGAAGAGGCAGAAGAGAUUGGUUCUUACGUUCCCAGGUCUGGAGAAAGGCGGAAAGACCACGCUGCCGAGGAGAAGCGGCAGGAGCUGGGUGGGAAUCAGGGCAUCUAUCAGGGCAAGCGAUCAGGCACAAGUGCUAUCCCCGCUUUCCCCUUUCACGAUCCCUUGCGGCCUCGCUAUCAGGCCGCUCUGGAUAGCAGUGCGCCGCGCAUCCGCAAAGCUCUGCUCGUCGUUCUGGGGGUCUGGACCGCCAUACUAGCGGCCUUGCUACCGAAUCUCAAGUCGAUUGCGCUCUUUGUCGUCUCGGCGCUGCUCUUCGGCGCCCUUCUACCUCAGCUGGUACAGAAUAGACUACAAGAUGCCCUCGAGGAUUGCGAUGCGGAAGGCGAGGAGCAAAGAGGGGAGAAGAUUGCCGCUAGUCACUGGCCCGAAUCGGCGGAAUGGGCCAACAAGAUCCUUGGUGAGAUCUGGCCCGCUCUAGAACCCGAGUUCUUCGACUCGCUCAAGGAUACGCUGGAGGACAUGCUGCAGGCCAAUCUGCCCUCCUUUCUCACCGAGUGUAAAGUAGCAGACUUUACACAGGGAGCGAACCCUCUGAGGAUCUUGUCUGCCACGCUCCUGCCCGACACGGAGUGGGAGAACGAUCAGGGACAAUCGAACUCUAGUGGGAGCACGGAAAAGGAAAAGGAAGAGGGAGGAUCUGGCAAGGACGAGCUCUCCAGCGAGAUUGGCGCCGCUCGCGAACAGCACGCAAAGGAGACGGACCCUGAAGCGGCCAUGCUGCGUGAACAGCACGACCCAAACGACCGCUACGUGAACCUCAGUGUCAGCUUUGCCUAUCGAGGUCGACAGAAGAAGGAACGGCAAGAAUUCGGCAUGGCGGAAGAUGUGCAGAUGCUGCUGUACCUCAUGGCCAAGCUGGGACCUGUAGCAGCUAUGCUACCGGUCAAGGUGCAUCUGAAAGGUCUGGUAGGCACAGUCCGGCUACGAAUCCACCUCAUCUCCUCGCCCCCAUUCCUCGGCCAGACAUUGAUCAGCUUCACAAGUCUACCGAGGCUCACCAUCAACGUCCUGCCCUUGAAACUGGUGUCCUUGAAUGACUUUAAACCACUUGCGGACUUUAUUCAGACGUCCAUCGAUAGCUCGCUGGCUGCUCUGACGGCCCCCAAAUCCAUGACACUAGACCUGGCAGACCUCAUUGCAAGCGAUGGAGUCCAGCGCAAGAUUCUGGCGUUGGGUGUGGUGGUCGUGACAAUUCACAGUAUCAAGGGAUUGGAGAGGGCGGAUCUGAUGGGUUCCAGCGAUGCUUAUGCCAUUGUGACAUGGUCGAGGUCGGGGAAGCCAAUGUACAGCACGAGGGUGCUGGUGGAUGAGCUCAAUCCUCGCUUCAACGAGUCGGCGGCUCUACUCGUGCCCCAGGAGGUGGUCAAGGCAGAAGAGCGCGUGGGGAUUGAGCUGUACGACUCGGACGUGGGUCAAGACGACUUUCUGGGCUUUGUCGGCAUCGAGCUGAGCGAAUUGUUGAGCAGACCUGGCGAGGAGGUGAAGAGGCAUGAGCAGCUGGGCGGUGUCAGGCCGGGAACGCAGAGGGGUGGAAUGGUGGAAUGGUCAGCUCGCUUCCUUCCAAAGGUGGCUUUGCAAAAGGAGCCUACGGCGAGGAAAGAUCCGGGGGAGAAAAGGGACGACGCUCAGGCAGGAGACGCCGAUGACGAGUCAAAGGACCAGCAGCAGAAGCAAGAAAAGGACUCGAAGCGUCCGGCGGUAGAGUACAUAACUCCGUCGCAAGCCCACCCGUCGGGCAUCCUCUCUGUACAAAUCCACGAGGUCUCUGCUCUGUCCAACAAGUCUACAGUGGCUCCCAAGGGCUCUACCCUCAAGAUGUCCAAACGCACACCCCUCUCUGGCCGUUCCAUCCCAGACGAAGACACAAUGGACGAUCAGGCCUUUGACGAGGCGCCGUCUUCCUACGUAGAAGUGAUCCUCGAAGGUAAGCUCGUCUACCGUACAAGGACAAAGGUGUCCGACUACCGCCCCAUCUUCAAUGCCUGCACGGAAAAGGUCAUCCUCAAUGUCUUUACCGCACGUAUGCUGCUCGUAGUCAGGGAGAAGAAGCUAGACGAGGACGAUCCGAUUUUGGGUGUGGUGCCAAUCAAGCUGUCGGAGGUAUUUGACGGCAAGAGUUUGAGCGCUGGUUGGUACCCUAUUGCGGGUGGAGGUGGAAGUGGUAGAAUCAAGGUCUCGAUGCUCUUCCGCUCGGUAGACGGAGGAGAGGCGCAGCAGCAGCAGCAGCAGCAGCAGCAAGGAGAGGUACAGGAGCAGGGGCGAUCCGUAAGUGUGCCUAGAGGCGGACCGGGCGUGCCCGUCUCUCCACUCGAGAUUGGCGUCGUGCACAUCAAGAAUAUCCAGAUUGGGAUAAGGGAUGGCAGAGUGUCGCACUAUGCGGGCUGCCCACUGGUGAUCAAGACUCUCUCCUCUCGCGCCAAGCUGCACUCCAAGCACGGCGAGACCGAGGGUGAAGGAACGCUAUCGUACACGCAGCGUCUAGCGUCCAAUCCUGUGCGCAUUCCCGUCUUCAAGAGGGGCUCCUCACCGUUGCUGAUCCGACUAGACGGUAAGGACAAGCUGGGUCGCAAGAGGACUCGAGCAUUGGGCGUCUGCUGGCUGCGGGAUGUAGUCGAUGGUCGUGCUCAAGAACUGGAGCUACCGCUCUGGGACGGGGAAGAGGAGCGCAAGGUCGUCUCUUGGCUUUCGCAGCAGUACCUCCCCUUUGAAAAUCAGGAAGCACUGCUCAAGGAGCACUGUACCUGGCCUACGACGCGGCUGGGUACGAUCCGUAUCAAGCUGGCUCUAGUGACGGGGGUGAGCACGCUGCAUAGCAAGAUUACCGACACGGGUGGCUCUUUGCCUCAGGUCUGUCAGGCUUGGAGACUGGCUGUGAGCAAGGGUUUGGUGGUGGAGGGAGAGGGGGAGGCCGAAGAGGGGAGUGGGAAUAGAGGUGCUGGGCGACGAGAUGAGCUCGAUGGCGGAGACGGAGAUGGGGUUGGGGGAGGGGACGAUAGCGAUAGCUCUCCAUCGUCAUCUUCGGACGAUGGUGGAGAGGGUGAGGACGGUGUUGACGGGGCUGGCCAUCCUGGCAACGGCGAUGCCCGCCUCCACCGCUCCUCUUCCCGCUCCUCUUCUUCCUCCUCUUCCCUCCGUCAGAAGCUACGCCGUGUUCCCUCUGACCCAGAAAAGGCUCCCGCCCACUCCUCUGGCUCCCCCCUCGACCUAGUUCGUCGUGCCCAACGACACGUCUCUCAAUCUCGUCAUCCACUCAGCAACCUCACUUCUACCAAUGCUGGUGGGGCAAAUCUCGCUGGGGAAGAUGAUCCAAAGGUGGUGAGGGUGAUGGAUAGCGCAUUGGGUCAAUUGAGGGGACGAGGGGAGAAGUUGAUGAACAAGUUUGAUGUAAAGAAGUCGCAAAAGGGUGGGGAAGGGGUGGAGAUGGAGGUGUGAAGAAGUGGAGGUGUGAGGAGAUGCACUUGUAUCAUAUCAUAUCAUACAUACGCAAGACGUUCUAGUACACUUCCAGC